AUUGAUAGCUAAUGCUGUUAGAACAAGAGGCCUGUCUAGCAUCAUGCUUGGACCUGCAGAAGAUAGUACCAGCAGCAGUAGCAGUGAUGAAGAAACAGAAAGUGAUGAAGAUGAUGAAAAACUUGAAAUGUUUCCAGACGUAUCUGACACAAACACAACUGCAACCACAAGCAGUUUUAUGACUAUCACAGCCAGCAAUGAUAUCAUUGACGAUACAACUGAAGAUCUGAUGAGAAACUAUGGAAUGAAGCAACUUUAUACUCCAAAAGGACAGGCUUCUGAACAAGUGGCAAGGACUGCCAUUAUUCCAUCCAUAUCAAUAUCAUUGACAGAAGCACUGAAUGAAAUGGAAAUGCUAACAAUAGGAGAAAGUGUCCCCACUAUUGAGGAUGCCAAUAAUGCCUCAGUCACAGGAAAUAAUGAUGAAAUAUCAGUUGGAAAACACGAUGAGCCCUUGAAUGAAACACAAUCAUUAAUAGACACUAACAAUACUGUAACAACACAUGAAGCAUCUUAUACUGACAAUACUACACUCAAUAAGAAACCAAUCACAAAUGAACUUUUAUCUCUUGGUAAUGUACCAACUGAAGAAAAAGUCACAAUAUUACUAAAGAAGGUGAAUCAGUUACAAAGAGAACAUUCGAUAAUGUUACAAGAAAUGAAGAGACAAGAAAUCAAAUUAGACCAAGCACUUCAACUAAACAGGGAUCUACAAAAAACAGGCAAGACGACUUGUUUGUCAAUUACUAUCUUCAAUGAUAUUAAAUUGUAAUUUGCAGUAGAGAAAGAAAGAAAACAAGAAUGAGUUAUAAUGAAAGAUAUUAAGCAUCAAGUAUCAAGCGGAUUGACAGUAGAAGAAAACGCAACACCCAAAUCCUCCACCAAAUAUCACACAACAUUGACUAAUAUUAAGUGAUAAAUCAUACCAAACAAAUAUAAUACAGAAAAAAUCACUUUAUUUUUAUGUACUACUAUAUAUAGGCAACAUUGGUGAAAAAAAUGGGGCAUAUCAGCCACACUAUACACAACCAACUGCAAAAAUAGUAUUUUAAGUCUACUCUUAGAAA